GAACAUACGAUUGUAACGGACAGCGAAUUGUUUCCAUACAUGGCGGCCAUUUUGAAGAAGUCAGUUUAUAUCAGUGCUGGUGCAUUGAUAGAUGAAAGUUGGAUCGUAACUGGUGCUGAUUCUCUGUAUAUGUUACGGGACCUCUCUCGUGUCCUCCGCGUCAGGCUUGGCAGCAUCAACUACAAGAAAGGUGGCGUGUUCUCUCCGAUCAAGCUGUUCCACAUCCACCCGCUGUUUGAUGAUAACCAGCCGCAGUAUGACGUGGCCCUCAUCAAGCUCGCUGAACCAGUACGCUUGACCCCAAGUUUGAACCCCAUACAGCUGCUGAAGAAGUUGCACGAUGUUGCUGUUACACAUUUUAUUGUUACGGGCUGGAUGCAAGAUCACAGAAACAGUACAGUAUACCCUUUAUCAAUGGAAUCCAUCAAGCGCCGGAGGUUGCUGACUGUAUCCCACGUGCAUCCCACAAACGCUGGUGACUGCUUUGAACAAUUGGAAGUACAGGGCAUCAACAACACGGGGGGUGUUAUGUGUUUGGACCCGCCUGUUGGAGGUGAUCCUUGUCAGAGGGACAUAGGCGCACCAGUUGUCCUCAACGGUGUUCUCUGGGGCAUCAUCUCAUCCUGGAGGUCAGAAGACUGCGAAGUAGAAGCCGGUUCCACCUUCGUGACUCUGGUCUCCCACGUAGACGUGAGCUCUUGGAUCCAUGCCACCAUCCAUGGGCACAGAUGGACGAGGAAACACGUUGUGGAUUAUGAUGAUAAUUUCAUUUAG